AUGUGGGAACAACGGCUUGAGCUGGCCUCAAGCCAGCUGAAGGGGGUUGCAUGGCGAACUCAUUUCUCCAACUUCCCUCUCCCCAUUGUCCUCACUAUUCAGUUGGAUUCACUGCUGGGAGAGGUUUUAGGAUCUGGCUCCUAUGCUGUCGUGUAUUCUGCACGGAAUAUCAUCAAUGAUGAUAAUGUUGCCCUCAAACUCGAAACCGUUGUCGACCACUCAUCUUCUGUGGAGCGUGAAUACUGGAUCUUGAAACAACUUGAAGGCGGAGUUGGCAUCCCCCGCACCCUCUGGUUCAGUAGAGAGUCAGUGUAUCAUGCUCUUGUUCUUGAACUCCUUGGGCCAUCGCUCCACCAACUCUUCCUCGCAAACAAUCAAAGAUUCAGCCUUCUCAAUGUUGUGAAUCUAGGAGUCCAGUUGCUCUCACGUCUUGAAUAUAUUCACUCGCACAACUACAUUCACGGCGACGUCAAACCGCAGAACAUCUUGGUCGGUCUUGGAAAUCUGAGGCACACCGCCUUCAUCAUCGAUUUUGGUAUCACAAAGAUUCUCUCUGGUACUCCUGCGUUCGCCUCAAUCAACAACCACUUAGGAGUUGAGCCAGGUCGUCGUGAUGAUCUUGAGUCGCUCACAUACAUGUUAAUCUAUUUCUUACGUGGCUCCCUUCCAUGGUUAACAAGCGACAACGAGAAGUUGUCCAACUCUACCAUACUCAAGUGCAAAGCACGUGCUACCAUUGCAGAUAUAUGUCAUGACAUCCCCGUUGAGUUCGCCAACAUUCUUAUUUACACCUGCUCUCUUGCAUUCGCAGAAGAUCCUGAUUACGAUCACCUCCGCUCAUUACUUAAUGGUCUUCAUGCCACAUUGCCUGCACCAGCUACGUGCAUGUUGGAUUUCAGCCAACCUGACGGUCCUGCCAUACCUCCCCCUCUAUCACCUGACCAGUGCUGUGUGGCCGAAGCAAUGUCACCAUGUCCGCCAAAGGUAGUGCGCAGAUCGACUUGUGUGUGA